UUAUAUUAUUGGGUACAUAUUAAUGUAUGUGCAAACAUGUAUGUAGCAACUGCUGAUUCCCCCUUUAAAGCAAUCCCACACACAGGCAACUCAUUUGAGGGGGUGUGACAUUUCAGUGGAUGGCUCUAUAUAUUGAGACGUUUUGUCUAAAGUGGUUUCAUGUGAAUUAGGUACGCAUCAACUGCAGAGUUAAAUUUAGGACAAUACGCACCACGACCUGCCCGAAAUCAUUACAAUGGAGACCUGUUAUCGCACACUUUGGAUGACAGUUGUUCUGGCAUUGAUUACGCGGAGAUCAGCCGCGGUAGGGCCGGUUAUCCGGUGUGAACCUUGUGAUGCUGGAGCCCGGCUCCUCUGCAAGCCGUUGCCCAAGGACUGCACCGAGAGAGUUCGCGAAACUGGCUGCGGGUGCUGCAUGACUUGCGCGCUGGCAUUUGGACAGCCGUGCGGGGUGUACACGGGGAGAUGUGGCUCCGGGAUGACAUGCCAGCAGCAGCCCGGCGAGACGAAACCUCUCCAAGCUCUGCUGGAGGGACGAGGACAGUGUGCGAUUGCAACCAUUAAAAGAUCCACCGCCGCUUUACCUGCCGUCAAUGAGAUACAAGAGAAUGUGGGUGGUACUCAGGAGGAGGAGCAAAACACCACCGCCCCAGUGAUCCAAGCCCCCCAAGCCCUUUUCAGCACCAGCAGACCUCCUGUUGGCCCCCCCAGACUCCCCCACCACCCCUCUCUCCUCCACCCUGUCAAGGCAGUGGUCAUCCACAGGGAGCAGCUGAAGAGGGCCAGGAGCUACAAAAUGGAGGAACUCCCUGGAGCUCACAGCACAGACCAACAGAACUUCUCCCUGGAAUCCAAGCAGGAGCCAGAGUAUGGUCCCUGCCUUAGAGAGAUGGAGAGUGUCCUCAAAGGACUGAAGAUCACAGACAUCCUCAACCCCAGAGGCUUCCACAUCCCAAACUGUGACAACAAGGGCUUCUACAAAAAAAAACAGUGCCGUCCAUCCAAGGGCAGAAAGCGAGGGUUUUGCUGGUGUGUCGACAAGUAUGGGCAGCCAUUGCCAAGUUUCAACGGGAAGGAGAGAGGAGACACCCAGUGCUACAACUCUGAGAGCCAAUAAGACCUAAGCAGCAAGAAGGAACCAGAGAGAGAGAGAGAGAGGCGGAGAGAAAGAAAAAGGAGCCAUGAACACACAGAAAAACUAUGAGGAUAUUGGGAUCCAAAAGGGUCCAAAAUGGCUGGGCCUGGACGUGUUGGCUGGCAUUGAUGAUACUUCGGCCAACAGGAAGGCAGGGCAGGAG